AGUUGGAGUUGUUUGGAUUAGUAAUAGUAAAUAUAUUAAUAUUUAUACACCAUAGUAGUAUUAAUCUCUACCUAAUCUAUGGUAGUAUUCAUAAUAAUUAAUAAUGAGUGAAUCACCUGAAGAAAGAAGACCUAAAAGAUCUAAAAGAGAAACAUCCUAUAAAGCAAAAGCCUUUGAGAAAUUUAAACAGUUAAAAAGUGGUAAUAGAAAUAAAUAUGAAAUAGAAGAGUUAGAAAGUGUAUAUGAAACUGUUGAUGAGAAAGAAUAUGUAAAGAGAGUACUUUCUCGGCAAGAUGAUGAUUGGAUUGUUGAUGACGAUGGUAGUGGUUAUGUGGAAGAUGGAAGGGAUAUAUUUGAUGAUGAUUUGGAUUCUGAAUCUAUUACUAAGGCCACAAUUAAAGGAAAAGGAAUUAAAAGAAAGAAAAAGGAUAUAUCUGAAAGUGCCGGAAAGGGAAACUUGCAUUUUAUGUUAUCUAACAUGUCUAGUAAAAAAAAAGAGGAUACAAAAAUAGAUGACGAUGCUAUGUUGUCAGAAAUUUUGGGAGAGUUAGAUGAAACUAGUUCAUCUCACACUGUAAACUCAAAACCAACCACAAGUUCAUAUUCUUUUACAUCUCGUAAAUUGGCUGCUAAAAGCUAUAUGAAGAACUUUUCCUUGCCGGUCAAAAAACCAUCAAGAUCAGUUAGUUCAGUUCUAAAAGAAGUUGAGAAUAGUCUCACGCCUCAAGAAGACAUAAGUGAAAGUAAUAUACAACUAGAAAAUAAUGUAACAUUAACAACACCGGAAUCUACAGACUCAAAUAAUUCAAACAUAAAGGAACCAGCUCCAACCCAAAUGAGUGAAGACCUCAAUAUAGAAACUGAUUUAACUCAAGACUUUUUUGAUGAUGAUUUUGACAUGACUCAAAUUGAAGAAUUUGAAUCCCAAGAAGUGCAGAAUACUACUGUUGAUGAAUCACAAUUUACAGAUGAAUUACAAUCUGAAUUUAUGAGUGAAUGGGAACAUUUCGCAAAUGAAGUAAAUGAUUUGGAGAACAACACAUUGUUAGACAAAACUGAUAUACCACUUCUCGAUGUUGAUGAUAAGAAGGUAUUUCGGUUUUUUUGGUGGGAUGCUUAUGAAGAUCCUGAAAAACAGAAGGGAGUAGUUUUUUUAUUUGGUAAAACUUAUAGUGAAAAAACUAAAAAUUAUGUAAGUUGUUGUGUUGCUGUCCGCAACAUUUAUAGAAGACUGUUUCUUCUUCCACGUCCUUAUGAGUUGGGAGCAGAUGGAAAACCAACCGAUGAACCUGUAACAUUCAAGAAACUGUAUGAUGAAGUUAAUGAUAAUAUUCUAAAGCCAUUGAACAUUUCUAGUUUUAAAACUAGAUAUGUCAGCAAGAAAUAUGCAUUUAAUCCAGAAAUUCCUUCUGAAUCAGAUUACAUGGAACUUAGAUAUCCGGCUACCGAUCCAAGAAUUAAUAUAAACAACUUAAAACAGAAACCUAAAACAUUUUCCAGAAUAUUUGGUUCCAAUACAAGUUACUUAGAAAUUCUAUUACUAGAUAGAAAAAUAAAAGGUCCUUGUUGGUUGGACAUCAGCAACCCAGUACCUGUUUCGAACCCUAUAACUUGGUGUAAAUUUGAAGUAAAUUGUAUGAGGCUUUUGGAUCUUAAUAUUACUUCAAUGGACAAACCUUUACCGCCUCCUCCUUUAGUGGUAAUGGCUAUAAAUCUGAGAAGUUUUAUCAACCCAAAGACAUAUACAAAUGAGAUUCUGAUGGUGUCUUGCCUUACCCAUACGAAAUAUGCUGUAGAUAAACAAGCUCCAAAUCCGCCCUUUCAACAACAUUUUUGCGUGUUUUCGUGCCCCACCCAACAAGUUUUGCCACUGAAUAUCCAUGAAGCGUUAAAAAAUUACAAAGCCACAAAGGUGCAGAAAAUGGACUCGGAAAGAGCCCUUAUGAAUUAUUUCAUCAGCCAGUUUGUAAAAAUUGACCCUGACCUUAUUGUUGGCCAUGAUUUGCAGGGUUACCAAAUAAAUAUUUUAAGUGAACGCCUCUCUAAACAAGACAACAAAAACUUCAGUAAAUUGGGUAGAUUGAAACGAUUCGAAAAGAAAAGAUUAGAGAGAACUCUUUUUGUUGGGAGAUUAGUCUGUGAUAUCAAAGUUUCAGCAAAAGAAUUGAUAAGGUCAAGGUCUUAUGACUUAGGUACGCUCUGCCAAGCAGUAUUGAAAAUUAAUGACAACCAGCGAGUUGAGUUAGAACCUGAAGAAAUACCAAAGAUGUAUCAAAAGGCUGAGGAUAUUUUAAAAUUAAUUUCAUUUACAAUGCAGGACACUGCAUACAUUUUGAAAAUAAUGUACGACUUAAAUGUAAUACCGUUAGCACUACAAAUUACUAACAUUGCUGGUAAUGUUAUGUCGAGAACAUUAAUGGGUGGUAGGUCAGAACGGAAUGAAUUUUUAUUACUGCAUGCUUUCUCUGAAAAGGACUAUAUUGUUCCAGACAAGGAAUUCAAGAAAAAAGAAACUGACUCCUCUACUUCCAGGAAGAAACCUACUUAUUCUGGUGGCUUAGUUUUAGAUCCAAAAAUAGGUUUUUAUGAUAAAUUAAUUUUAUUGAUGGACUUUAACUCGCUAUACCCUAGUAUCAUACAAGAAUAUAAUAUCUGUUUUAUUACUUUACCAGUUUCUAACAGUGAAGAUAAUUUGGUUCUACCUGAUCGCAGUUUACCGCCUGGAAUUUUACCAACUGAAAUUAGAAAAUUGGUAGAAAGUAGGAGGCAAGUAAAAAGUUUAAUGAACAAUCCAGAUAUAUCAAAUGAUUUGAGGAUUCAGUAUAAUAUAAGGCAGAUGGCUCUAAAGUUGACUGCAAAUAGUAUGUAUGGCUGUUUGGGAUUUUCAAAUUCAAGAUUUUAUGCAAAAAAUUUAGCUGCAUUGAUAACACACAAAGGACGAGAAAUCUUAACGAAUACGCGGGAUUUAGUGAAAAAAAUGAAUUAUGAUGUGGUGUACGGCGAUACAGAUAGCAUAAUGAUAAACACCAAUUGUCUGGAUUAUGAUCAAGUGUUUAAAAUUGGUUUGAAAAUAAAACAAGAAGUUAAUAAAUUAUAUAAACAGGUAGAACUUGAUAUUGACGGUGUGUUUAAAUUUUUAUUGCUUCUUAAAAAGAAAAAAUAUGCGGCUAUAACACUAACUAAAACAAAAGAUGGCAAAUUAAAGACAGAAAAAGAAUACAAAGGUCUUGAUAUUGUUAGACGAGAUUGGUCGCAAUUAGCCUGUGAAACGGGUAAGUACAUAUUAAACCAUAUUUUAAGCGACUUAUCUCCUGAUGACCGUGUAAAUAAUAUUCAUACGUAUUUGACUAAGAUAAAAGAAGACUUGGAACAAAAUCAAGUUCCUAUUUCUUUGCUAGUUAUCACAAAGCAGUUGACCAAAGAUCCAAAAAUGUAUACAGAUAAGAACACACUUCCACAUGUGCAGGUAGCUCUCAGAUAUAAUCAACAUGGUGGACAUUUUAGAGCAGGAGAUACUGUUCCUUAUGUCAUUUGUGAUGAUGGCAGCGGAAAACCUGCCACUCAGAGAGCAUAUCAUGUCGAUGAAUUGAAGAAUUCAGAAACUUUAAAAAUUGAUGUUCAGUAUUAUUUGGCACAACAAAUUCACCCUGUUGUAACGCGUAUUUGUGAGCCUAUUGAAGGCACAGAUCUUUUUCAUAUAGCUGAAUGUCUGGGUUUAGACAUGAAGAUGUUUAAAAAGCCAAGGCAAGUAUAUGAAUCGACUGGAGAAAAUAUUACUAGAUCCGAAGUAAAAUUCAGGGAUGUAGAUAAAUUUAUAUUCAAAUGCUUGGGAUGUAAACAGGAAAAUGUUAUAGAUAAAGCUUUAGUAGGCAAUGUUCCAUUUAUAGAGAAAUGCAACAACAUUGAAUGUAAUGUGAGACCCAUCGAUUACUUACCGUAUAUCCAGAAUCAACUAUCGUUGCUAAUUCAGAGUUAUAUUACUAAGUAUUAUGAAAACAGACUGAUAUGUGAGGAUCCCGCAUGCCCAAAUGAAACAACCAGAAUACCUUUGAAAUUUGCCAGGAAGUAUCCUGUUUGUACCAUGUGCCAAAGUGGAGUUAUGUAUAGACUUUACUCAGAACAGCAGUUAUACACACAACUGACCUAUUUCCAGCAUAUAUUUGACCUCAACAAGCUUAGUAAAAGACCCUUAUUAGAGCAGCAUGUUGAAUCUGGUUACCAUGCCUUGCGGGAAAACGUAGAAAAUUAUUUAAAUCACUCUGGAUAUUCAGUAAUUAAUCUUUCAGAACUCUUUUCUGGUUUUAUGAUUAGGAAUAAACAGCCUGGAUCAAUGGAGAAAGGCGUGAGAGAAGAGAAAGAGGUAGAUAUAGAGGAAGUUGAUGAAGAGAAGUAUGAUAGCUGUUAAUUUUGUAUAUUUUCAUUUCUGUAAUAUUUUUAAAU